CUUUCUCUCUACCUCUUCCCUGGGAAAUGUGUGGAGGCUCCCUUUGGACAUCUCAGGGUGCUGUGAUACCUGCUUGCUGCUACAUUAGAAAAAGUGCCUAAAGUCCCUGUGGGUGACACCCAAACCCAGCUGUUGGCCCAGACAGGCCAGUGUAAAUGCAAGCAACUGCAAGUGUCCAAAAUUUACAAGAAAGCAUAGAAAAGAAUAUGUUGUUUGUUUCAUUUUUGUACCUUGCUUUCUUGAUUUGCACCUCAAACUUGAAUUUGGGGGGCUUUUUUCAACAACACUCAGGGUACCGGUUUAUUUUUCUUUUUGUCCAAAAACUGAAUCGUACUGGGUUAUUCAAGUGGGAGAAACUUCAUGUUCAGCUACUGGCUGCCAGCAGCACUAACCAACCUCCUUUGUAUUCCCUCAGUUAAAAGCUGGCUGACCUGGCACUUUGGCUCAGGCAUGACCUACUUAAUGGAGGAUUCACAGAAGAAUUGCUAGUUCCAGAUGACAUGAACAUAAAUAGCAUUUGCAGGAGUAAUGGUGGUAUGUCCAUGACAACACACUUGAAGGGUUUUUUUGAAGCACACCAAGUACUUUGGUUUAAAUCAGGCAGUGUUUGGAUUGCCUGUUGUUCAGAUCCGUCCUUGCACGCUGACUCCUCUGACACGUAGUCACAAUCGGCACUCUAAACCAGUCACUCAGUCCAAAAUCCUCUUGAUCUGCCAGGUGCCUUUGACUCUACUGGUUAUUCCCUCAUCAAACUCUUCAUUGUUUUUGACUCCUCUGGCUUUCCUUUCACAGAUAUUUUUGCUUUACUCACUAACACUUUGCCAGUACUUCCUUCAGAAGACCCUCACAAACUUCCAUCUUCCUUUUGAAGUGCUCUGUUGCUCUGCACUUGGUCCCAGUUCCCUUCCUAAUAUGAUUCCUGCCUGGUAAUCACAGGCCUUCCCAUUCUCCCAAGCCAUUUCAGAGACGUAUUUGUUUCCUAGAUUGUUUUAACCAUACUCCCUCUAGCCCAUCCUGCUUUCGCUGUUUCUGCUGCUUUGGGAUCUGCGCACCAAAGCUAAAGUGACAAGUGGUGACUUCAGGAAUAGUCUGUUCUUCUUGACAUUGUUUAGUCAGCCAAGUUUUGUGAAUCAGAUAUGGGUUCUUUGUGCUUUCAAAUGCAAAGAAAAGCAGAAAUAUUCAUGCCUCUCUCAGCUGCAUUGUGCUUUAAGAGUUAUGGAAUUGAGUCUUUACUGGAUACUCAAGCACAAUUCAUUACCUGGAGAGUAUUGACGAUAUGAAAGAUCACUAGAUAAAGUGUGCCAUAAUCCCUAAUCCUGCAGCUGGGGGAAGAGGUGUCAGCCAAAUAGUGACAGAAGCCCAUGCUUGGUACGGUAUAGCACAGCUGGCAGGGCUGGGUGGUACAGAUGAGGUUUGGAGCUGCUGUAGCUCCUCUCACAUGGUCCUGCUCUGUGUGGGCCUUCUAUAAAUAGAGACUAAUUCAGAGUAUACCUGCUGGUUUUGCAGACAGGCCACCCUCUCCAGCAGUUUCCCCCUCCAUCCAAGUGGCAUAGACAAGCUCUGCUUAAAUAUAAGUAGAGUUUAAGUAGUCAGCUUUUGAUGAAAAAGGAUUUGUUCUGCACUAAAAAACACUUUGGGGAAUACACUUAACCUGUAAACACCAUGUGCAUAUAGCCACAAAGAUAGUGAGUUCCUGAAGUUUCCAUUUGUGGUGCAUUAGGGUGAUAGUGUGGUGCAUUAGAGUCUGGCUGUUCAGAAAAUUAAGCCAGUGCUCUUUGUGUUCUCACCAUUACUAGGGAGGGGUUCAGCAGAAAAGAGGUCUCCUUUGGAAUAUCUGUAUAGUCUCUACCCAGCCCAAAGUUGUGGUUUAUACAGGCCAAAAGCAAAAAACAAUGAAUUAUCUUCCCUCUCCUCUCAGAGCAUUUUCAACAUGUUCUCAGAGAGAGAUCAGAACAGCCGCUGGGGAAAUAACUGUUGUUGUCACUUGCAAUGUGGCUCUUGUCCAGGGAGCAGGCAGAGCACUGUGAGCUCAAAGCUGUGGUAACUUUAGUAAGUGUGACAUGCACUAGGCAGAAUGUGAGAUCCUUUUGCUAUAAUACACACAUAUUUUUUACCCGUACUACCAGAGGGAGAGAUGGUAAGGCCAUGUACUUCAGCAACCAUGAGCCAGCACAUUGGGAAACUCUAUAGAUCUGCAGUCUCUUCAUUCAUCUUCUUCUUGGUGGUGGAUAUAGGAGUUACUGGUGGAGGUACAGACAAGGAGAAUGCAGCAGCUGUGAUUCAUGUAACAGCACAGCCUUUGUUGUUGACACCUGAGCCUUGGGACCUUUUGGUGACUCAAACACCAGCCAAGGAGAAAGCCAAAGAGGGUGAAACUGUGGUCUUGAACUGUCAUCUUAACAGUCCACAGCAUCCCUCCUUGACCGACCUGAUGGUGAAAUGGUACAAAGAAGAUGAAAAGGGGCAGAUGGACCUGCUAGAAAAGAAUGUGACCAUCCUGCCAAAUAACUCCAGGAUCUUCAUGAGUGGAGACUUGUCCCAAGGGGAUGUUUCCCUGAUUAUCCUCAAUGUGACAACUAGUGACCAUGGUAUUUAUUUCUGUGAGGUCACACUUCCAGACGGGAAGGUGGUGACAGGAGAUGGCACAAAGCUCAGGAUCAGGAAGGCUCUGGGCUUGUUUGGUAUAGAAGAAUCCAUUGGAACAAUCAUUGGUGUUGUGGCAGCUGGUAUUGGAGGUAUAGUGGUUCUGAUCGUUGUUUUAACCCCACAGCUGAAGAAGUGCAUCCUCUGCAUGAGACAGGAGUCUCACCAAAGCAUAGCUUGAGGUACAGCAUUACAGGAAUCGCUGGGACAUGCAAAACCUGCAGGUGGAACAACUUCUGAUGCCACAUAAGCCAAAAAAUGGAGUUCUAGACGGAAUAAAAGCCUUUGCCUCUACAUGUUGACUUUGGCAUUUUUCUUUUUGUUAGCAAGCUUCUUUUUCCUGCAGCUUUGUCAGCCACAGUGGCAUAUUUACCAUCCUCCUGCAGUGAGAAGCAAAGCAGCUUUUUGUGAAGAAAUUCGUAUUAUCACCUGCAAAAACUCCACUUAGUUUGGCCAUGUAUCUCUGAAUUUAGACUCUGAUGAGGCACCCUGGGUCUCUAUGUGCCAUUAGUUCAUAUGUUAAAGGUGCAGUUCAAAGUUUGUCAGCUGAGUUUCAGCAGACAGAAGGAGUCCAGACUACCCAGGUGCUCCAGGUGCCCAUGUAGUGCUAGCACCUACCCGAGGAAACCAAAAGCAUUGCUUCUGGGAAUGCAGAAGUGGCUCCCACCUGUCUGUGCCUCCUACCAAAGAAGCUCUUGUCCUGGUGGCUUGUCCAGCCUAAACGCUUGUGACAAAGAUGCAAAGAGGGCCCACUGGUACAUAGCGACUCUGGGGUGAAAGAAUGGGAUUUUGCUUUCUCCUGCCAGAAGGAAAUGUAGCAUUUGAAUAUAAGCCUCUAAUACUCAAAAAAAAAAAAAAAAAGGAGAGAUGAAGAAUUUGCUUGACAUGACUGAUAUUCUCCACAGCUGUUUCCUGAUGUGACAAUAAUUGAUUCCUAGGCAGUCAGUGACUGUGGGACAUGCCACAUAAGAGACUGUGGUAAUCAGAUAUCCUCUGAACAGAAAGAGACAAUUCUCUCCCAGGAUUUUCCUGAGAAGCUGAGAGAAAGCUCAGAGGAAACAAUUCUUGUCUUCACUUGCUGAACCUGUUGUUGUGCACAUGUGGAAUGUGUUAUGGAGUUUGUUUACCAAAGAGUGAUUUCCUCAUUGGACUCUGGUGAUGGUGUUUUGAUUCAUUGACCAAUUGGAUCCACGCGUGUAUCGGACUGUCUGGCAAGGGUGAUGGCUUUUUCUUACAGUAUAGUAUAGUGUAGCUCAAUAAAGCAUUUGUUCAGCCUUCUGCAA